CAGCCCAAAGGACCAAAACCGAACUGAGCUCCACAUAUUCCACCUUCUUUCUAUCCAUGGCUACGCUCUCCUGCUACUACUCUCUUCAACCGCUCUGUUCUUCGUCUUCUUCUUCUUCUUCUUCUUCUUCUUCAUCAUCAUCUUCUCCACCAUUAACCUCUCUCUCUGCCACCCAUUCUCUCUCACCUCAUUACCCACCAAACCCAGAACUUCCACUUCUGUCUCGCUUCUCCGCUACGCUGAUGAGACCCAAACUCGGAAACAUACAACCCACCAGCCGACUCUUUGUCGUUCACCCAGUUUUGCUCUUUAGUCGCUUUGAGACCUCCUUGGAUACCCAAACUUUUCUUGCCACUAUCAGUGUUCUCGCCACCAUUGCUCUUUCUCUCUUUCUUGGCCUUAAGGGAGAUCCAGUGCCUUGUGAGCGCUGUGCCGGAAAUGGUGGAACAAAAUGUGUUUUCUGUAAUGAUGGUAAGAUGAAACAAGAGACGGGAUUGGUUGAUUGUAAGGUGUGCAAGGGUGCAGGGUUGAUACUCUGUAAGAAAUGUGCAGGCUCUGGAUAUUCUCGACGAUUAUGAACUUGUUUCUGUGAUUUUUGUUGCCUAGCAUAAUUCUUCAUUUUCCAAUUUGUAUGAUAUCUAUAUAUACUUUUUUUUUUUUUUCAAGUAUAAUUUAAUGGCAUUUUUUGCAGUCCCUUUCUCCCUGUAAAAUUGUAGUUUUUAACGGA